UCACAAACGUCACAUCCGCCUGAAACAGAACGUCGUAACUUAGCAGUUGUGUUUGUUGUUGAGACAGGGAUUUAAAGGCCCGGAAUAUUUUAUAUUUUACAUAAUUUAGAAUAAGAAAAGUGUAAAUUAAGUAUUUACAUACAAGAUGCAGGCUGGGAAUGCUUCAAGCCUGGAAAGGCGUUACAAAAAAGCCAGGGAUAAAGUCUGCGCGCAGGCUAAGAAGUUUGAAAAGUGUAAAAAGGCCUACCUAACUGUCAUGUUUGAAAUAGAAAGGAAGGCGAUUAAAGUGAAGCUGGCGCUAAAUACAGAUAUUGCUUCAAAAUCCAUACAUGAUAUACAACAACUUACGCCAAAAGCAGCGAAAUUGAAAGAAAACUGUUUUACCCAAAUAGAGAAAUGGCGAGCUAAACUGAAGUUGUUUCUUGUGGUUGCCAAGGAAAAAGCUGAAGCAGACAAUGAAAACGUUAUUGAACAAAUCAGAAGAGCCGUUGUCGAUAAAAACAGUGAUGAGGUCAUGAACAUCGAUAAACUCUUAGAAAAAGAAAACAUUCAUGAACCAGUAUUUGAGGAAUAUGUGCCAUCUGGUAACAAAAAUGAAAUGUAUGACCCUGCUUGUGCUGAAAAUGUUCCCGUCUCAGAAGACUGGGGAUACGACUCCGAUAGCUCGGUUACAUAUUGCGAAAAGGAAGCUAACUUUAUUGAAGGGAGACAACUUUCGAAUGAAUGGAAGUCACAUAUUUAUGCAGUAAUAAAAGACUAUCAAAGACAGAAAUUUGACGACCUAAACCUUCAUACGGGUGAAAAAGUGAAACAAAUCCUUUCGGCUGAUAAAUCGGGUAUGGCAUUCGGUGGAAAGAAGUGCGGAAUGAUACGUAAAAAGAAAGGGUUUUAUCCAGUGUCACACGUGUGUAAGGUAAAGGAAGCCGAUGGUGCACGUGACGCCCGUACAUCUAAAAAAGAAAAGUCGACCAGACAUAAUCCGAUAUCACGUAUCAUAGACGCUGUUAAAGAACCGAAGACAAAAUAUGCCCUUCUAACAGAGAUCGCCUCUGAUGACGUCACAAAGGUAUACACCGAAAAGAAAAAACCAAACCGGAAAAUAUUCACAAUGAAAAAUUUAUUGAAAUUUUACGGGAUCGAAUUUAAUGAGGAUGAAAUAUGCGACUCUGUACGACAAAAAGUGCCUCCGUCCCCGACUAAAAUUAUAAGUGCUAAGACCAUGUCGCCAGAAAAGUGUGUAUUCCUCCGGCGAGAGGAGUGCAAUGAAGCCGGGUACUACCCGGGCAAAAUCCAAAUCAGCAAUAAUACACCGAAACACGGAGGAGAACUCUUGGUUGAGGACAUUGAAGAGUCAGCUGAAAUAUGAAACUAAAAAUGACCACGUGCCCAAUGCUUAUUUCUAUAUAUAAUAUUUUUAUUAUAAAGAAUAAUACAUAAUUAAAAUCCAAUUUUCAAAAUGAAA